AGACACGGUCAGUACAGAGGACGGACGUGCAGCAGACAGCCGGUAGGAGAGGUCAUCAUCACCGUGUUCAGCACCAGACCUGAGACAGACGGCUGUUCUCCAGUCCGGGCCUGAUAAAACAGGCUGUUUAUACUGUUAUAAAGCAUCAUGAACAGGCCUGUCUGUUGACCUUCUGGUAACAUCACUGAAGAUGCUCCAUGCGUGUUGCUCUGUGCUAGAAGAUGGCCGAGUCGGAUGGCGGGGAUUUUGCUUCCAAACAGCCGCAGAGCAGUAUGGCUAACAAGAAUAGCACCCUGCGCUGUACAUUCUCGGCCUCAAGCCACAGCGCCACCCUCCUCCAGGGCUUGUCGGUCUUGCGGGCUCAGGGCCAACUGCUUGACGUUGUGCUGGCCAUCAAUGAGGAGCGCUUCCAGGUCCACAAAGCUGUGCUGGCCGCCUGUAGUGAUUACUUCAGAGCAAUGUUUACCGGAGGCAUGAGGGAGUCAAAUCAGGACACCAUUGAGCUGAAGGGUCUGUCCGCCCGCGGGUUGAAGCACAUCAUUGACUUUGCCUACAGUGCAGAAGUCACUCUAGACCUGGACUGUAUUCAGGAUGUCCUCGGAGCAGCGGUGUUUCUGCAGAUGGUCCCAGUCGUGGAGCUCUGCGAAGAGUUCCUCAAGUCAGCGAUGAGCGUGGAGACUUGCCUGCACAUCGGCCAGAUGGCCACCACCUUCAGCCUGUCUUCCCUCAAAGAGUCGGUGGACGCAUUCACCUUCCGCCACUUCCUCCAGAUUGCGGAGGAGGAGGACUUCCUGCACAUUCCCAUGGAGCGCCUCGUCUUCUUCCUGCAGAGCAACAAGCUGAAGAACUGUAGCGAAAUCGAUCUCUUCCACGCCGCCAUCAGGUGGCUCCGGUACGACGAGUCUCGCCGGGCCCAAGCCAGCAGCGUCCUCUGCCAUGUGCGCUUCCCGCUCAUGCGCUCCUCGGAGCUUGUGGACAGCGUUCAGACGGUGGACAUCAUGGUGGAGGACGUGCUGUGCCGCCAGUAUCUCCUCGAGGCCUUCAAUUACCAGAUCCUUCCCUUCCGACAGCACGAGAUGCAGUCUUCACGGACACUCAUACGCUCUGACGUCUUGUCAGUCAUCACCUUUGGCGGGACGCCCUACACCGACAACGACCGCACCGUGAGCACUAAGGUGUACCACCUCCCUGACAUCGCUUCCCGCCAGUUCAAAGAGCUGACAGAGAUGGAGGCGGGGUGCAGCCACGCUUGCGUCGCCGUACUCGAUAACUUUGUGUACGUCGUCGGUGGACAGCACUUACAGUACCGCAGCGGCGAGGGGGCGGUGGACAGCUGCUUCCGCUACGACCCGCAUCUGAGCCUGUGGCUGCGCAUCCAACCUUUGCAGGAGGCUCGUAUCCAGUUUCAGCUCAACGUGCUGCGCGGACAGCUGUACGCCACUGGAGGGCGCAAUCGAUCCGGCAGUCUGUCAUCUGUAGAGUGUUACUGCCCAAAGAAGAAUGAGUGGACUAAUGUGGAACCAUUAAAACGCAGGAUUUGGGGUCACGCAGGGACACCCUGUGGAGAAAAGCUGUAUAUCUCAGGGGGUUACGGCGUCUCGUUGGAGGACAAGAAGACUCUUCACUGCUACGACCCGGCGUCAGACCAGUGGGACUUCAGAGCUCCCAUGAAUGAACCCAGAGUGCUGCAUGCCAUGAUCAGCACCAGGGAUCGUGUUUAUGCUCUGGGCGGUCGCAUGGACCACGUGGACCGUUGUUUUGACGUGCUCGCGGUCGAGUAUUACAUUCCAGAGAACGACCAGUGGACCACCGUCAGCCCCAUGAGAGCAGGCCAGUCUGAGGCAGGCUGCUGCUUACUGGACAGGAAGAUCUACAUCGUCGGAGGUUACAACUGGCACCUGAACAACGUCACGAGCAUCGUGCAGGUGUACAACACAGAGACAGACGAGUGGGAGAGGGAUUUACACUUCCCAGAAUCCUUUGCUGGCAUUGCUUGUACACCAAUUAUUAUUCCACAAAACACUACACAACGCUAACCCUCUGACCUGUGACUGUGAAGAUUUUAUUCCAUGUGCUCUUUCUGCCGACCGUUGAGUCAACACAUUAUGUAAGCUACUGUGUGUGCGUGCGUGCGUUCAUUCAUUUGAAGGAAUGACCUGAAAAGCUACAAAGCAACAUUACUCAGAUUAGUGUAUUAUUUUCUGUCUUUGUCUUGUUUUGGACAAGAUGUGUUUAAUCAACAGACAAACCUUCAUUAAUGGAGUAAAUUUUGAUUCGAAAUUUCUUUCAUGUGAAAACUCUUAAGGAUCUGAAACCGAUUAUGAAACCGAUACCAACUUUUGAAAUUACAAUUUUGAUGCGUUCUAGGGGAAAAGCCUAUAGCAAGUUGAUGCUCCUGUGUGAAUUCUAUAAUGAAUUGACUGGUAUUAUCUCCAAAUGAACUGUGAAGAUAUAAGUUCUCUUCCAGAGUAGCAUUACCUACAUUUUAUAGCACUUCUUAUCUGAAAGAUAAUCAUAAUUCAGUCUGUAAAGGUGUAAUUUUACCAAUCAAGGGCUGAAGUUACAGACGGCACAAAUUCUCUCAUUUUUGAAUGAAAGUUUGCAACGGUCAACUUUUAUAACAUUAGACAUUUUGAUUGUACAGUUGUGAAUGUUUUAUUCGUCUGCUCCUUUUUAUGUUGUAAUAUUUUCUUUAUUAUCAUUUUAUUAUUCAACCAUGAUGACUGAAAAUCUCACUGUUUUAUGUCUUCUCAAAUGUACUAACCAACAAACCACAAUGCACAGUAAUGAUUGCACAAAUGAACACGAGUAGUGUUUGUGUUUUAACUUAGAAUCACAUAUUCCAUGUGGAUGUUAUUAAUGUGUGUGUGUGUUUUUUAUUGCUACUGCCCUUGUGUUUCCUGAGCUGAACCCCCUACUGGCACAUUAAUUGUUCUCUCAGUCAACACAACAAACCAGUUUGGACCUCUUAAGGCAGCUACAUAAAUCAUUCAUGUGUGCGUCAAGUGUAAUGUCAGUGUGUGCUGCUCUUUAUGUUAAACAACUGUACCACACACUCUUUUGUCCCCUGACUAACACAGUAUGGGGAUACAGGUUAUGUGUAUUAAUGCAGAUUUAAUAUAUAAACUAUCCUCAAAAAAUCAAAUCCACAGAAAAGCUACUUAAAGUAUCCAUUGCUGCACUUUUGAAAGCCGUAUUUAUCAGACGUCUGAUUCUGCUGCUGACGUUAUCGAUGUACUUGAUGUGUGUAAGGAAGACGCAAGCUUAAAGUCUUUGUUUUUCCUUUUUAAAUGUGAUCAUCUACAUGAUGGUGUCCAUUUUAAACUCUGUCUCUCCCGUUGCCUUAGUGUGUGUUUGUCUUGUGUUACUUGUACCGGUAAAAGCACAUGAUAUCAUUAAAGUGCAAUAUAAAGGAAACCGCUGUCGUCAAAGGGGAAUGUAGACAUUUGUGAAGCUUUAUGUGCAUCCUUUAUUAAAGGUGUGUCUUGUUUUAAAAAUA